AUGGCAUCAUCUUCCAACCAUCCUUUCUCAUUUGAUGAUGAGUUUCAACAAGCAAUUGAUUAUGAGUUUGCAAGCUCUAUGAGAGAGUGUUUGGAUGAUAUAAAUGAAGUUCUUGAGCCAGAGAAGAGAAGGAAGAAACGAGCGGUCAUAGAUCGAAGACGUGAAGAAGGGAACAUCCGCUUGAUCAAUGAUUAUUUCAGUGAGAAUGCCUAUCUAUCCCGACCUAUUUUCCGACGUCGCUUUCGGAUGAACCGACCAUUGUUCAUGCGCAUAGUUAACAAGCUAUCCGACUUACCCUUCUUUCAGCACAUACCGGAUGGUACUGGAAAGCCCGGUUUGACCGGCUUACAAAAAUGCACUGCCGCCAUUCGUAUGCUCGCAUAUGGCAAUGCAGCUGAUGCAGUCGAUGAAUACCUCAGACUAGGAGCGAGCACUGCGCUGAAAUGCUUGCAUAAAUUUACCAACGCAAUCAUCGGUUUUUACGAGGAGGACUAUCUCAGAAGGCCUACACCAGCAGAUCUUAAACGAUUACUCAAGGCUGUCGCGUCGUAUGAUCUGUGGAUUUGGCACGCAUUUUUCGGACCUCCAGGUACUUUAAACGACAUUAAUGUUCUCCACCGCUCACCCGUGUUUGAUGAUAUAUUAGAAGGUCGAGCUCCUAAGGUGUCAUUCUCUGUUAAUGGACACCGAUACAAGAAGGCUUACUAUCUCACAGAUGGUAUAUAUCCGGAAUGGUCGACUUUUGUCAAACCAAUUCCUCAGCCAGGAGAACCGAAAGCAAAAUUAUUUUGUGCCCAUCAAUCGUUUGCCCGCAAAGAAGUUGAGCGCGCUUUUGGAGUCUUACAAGCUCGAUUUGCAAUUGUUAAAAACCCGUCUCUUACCAUGGAUAAGGAGAAGAUAGGGAAUAUAAUGAAGGCUUGUAUCAUAUUACACAAUAUGAUUGUGGAAGAUGAAAGAGACGCUGAAACUAUAGAUAACGUAACGGAAUUCCAACAAGGAGGAGCAGACGGGAGCGGGUCUUCACGAGUACGUCCCCCUGACCGCUUGCCGUCGAAUGUCCACAAUAUUAUGGCUAAUCGAGCUGAUAUUCGUGACCAACAAAAGCAUCACCAAUUGAAAGCUGAUUUGGUUGAGCAUAUUUGGAACAAAUUUGGUCAUUAA